CGAGUUCAUUCCUCUAACUCGACUUGUUGGUUUUGCACAUUGAACGCCUGCGACGAACACAAUGUCUGGCAAUUGGAGCACUGGCUUGUUUGCCAUUUUCGACGACCUUUCCAUCUUCAUCUACGGCCUGGGCGCGUCCCGAUGCCUCGCGAUUAACAACAGCGUCGUGCUCGGCGAAGGGAAGGCCUCGUUCGGCUUGGACUCUGCCAAAAUUGCAGGCCCGUUCCAGUGCGCCGGCUUUAUUGGCACGGACGGCGCGUUCUGCGUGAACUGUGCUGUUUGCACUUGUCUCCCAUGCGUCUACAUUCUGUGGCGUGGCGAUGUUCGCAAAAAGUUUGGCAUUCAGGGUUCGUUCAUGGGUGAUCUGUUUGCCGCCCUCUGCUGCGCAUGCUGCGCCAUCAUGCAAGAUUCCCGUGAACUCAAAAUCCACGGUCUUGCCUAUGGAGAGGUCCAAGCCAAGACCAUGGACAAGUAAUCGAGGAGCAGGGUUUGUCGCGUCGUGCUUUUGUGUUCAAUUUCUGUGUAGUGCUUCUUAGUGAACAAGAAAAAUUGGUUGCUUGUGUGGAUAACCACGCACAGCUUGUAAAGAUAAAGAUUGAGUAAAAAAACACAAAAAACACAAAAAACCAAUGAAACAAACAGCCAAGGCAAAGCUCAGACCGACUGUGAAAUAAUUUUAGAC